AUGGCCAUCAAUCAAUUCAACAUAGCCACUAAAUCUGUCGAGAAGAUUUACACAGCCGUAGUUGGUGGUGUAAUCAGUAUUCUCGUACUCUACAACAUCUUUAGCCUCAUGCACACUAGGUUUUCUGGAUCACAUCGCCUGGCCACGUUCAUGUACCCAGUACCAUUCAGAACCUAUUUAGUGGGAAACGGCGUCUGCAACUUUAUCGGCGUCCAGUCACUUUCAGAAGCAGGGUCACGUGCCGCUCGCCUAUCUUUGAUUAACCUCAUUCCCAUGUUCAUCUCUGGGGGCUAUGAGUUCGGCGCUCGUCUUCUUGGCGUGCCUCUUCAGACAUACGGAGCCUUCCAUCGAACUGUUGGCCUUGUCGCAGUUAUUGAGGCCACCAUACAUGUUUUGAUUAUUGCACAAACAAGAUCAAUUUCAACAUCUAAUACCAUGCAAGUCUAUGGUGUCUUGUCUCACCCUUUUACUAUUAGCUGGUGGGAGGACAACGACAUCGGCAAGGCGACUUCUGUCUCCCUCCUUCUACGGUCACGCUCCGGCUUCACCCGAAAGCUACUCGAUCGCCUUGGGCAAGAACGAGAAUACACGGUUUGGAUCGAUGGUCCGUUUGGUCCCGCAUCAAUCGGCCCAUGCGGCUUUGGUGGGCAGAUGGGAGACUACGGUCAUGUAUUUAUGGUAGCGACAGGAAUCGGGAUUGCUACACAGCUGCCCUACAUCAAGGAGCUGCUAGGAGAAUAUCGCAAGGCGCGCAUCCGGACUCAGAGGAUCUCCCUCAUUUGGCAGCUAGAUGAGGAAGUCUACGACACAUUGGAGCCAGCAUCAAAGGGAGACCCGCAACGCUUUGGGUAUCAUGACUUGAUCAAAGUCCAUAGCGGAAGGCCGAACUGGGAACUGCAACUGUCAUCUGAGAUAGAAAAGAGAAAGGCAGGAUGCUCGUGGCAGUAUCUGCUUGUCGCCCUGUCGAGAUCAGAUGUACUCUGGUAA